AUGAAAAAAAAAAAAAAAAAAAAAAAAGAAAAUAGUGAUAAUAAUGGAUUUUCGCAGAAAAUCUGUAUAAUCGACAACGACGAAGUUUCCGGGAGACGCAUCGCGGCAUCGGUCGACAAGUCCCACGACGCUGGCAAGGCGAUCUUCAUUCACGCCGAUGUUUCUCGGUACAAUGACGUUGUCGAGGCGUUCGAGAGGGCAUCUAAAUCGAUGGACGGAAUCGAUAUAGUUGUCAAUAACGCGGGUAUUCUGGACGAGAGGAGGUGGGAGAGGGAGAUCGCCGUUAAUUUGGCCGGCAUGGUGUCCGUCGCAAUGCUGGCAAUGGAACACAUGGGCAGAGACAAAGGUGGCAAAGGCGGUGUUUUGAUCAAUAUCGCCGAACACCUCGACGUCCACUGCACGGCCCAACUGCCCGUCUACACGGCCACCAAGCAAGCCAUCAUCGGACUCUCCCAGUCGUUGGCGGCCCCGUGCAACACGGAGAGGACGGGCGUUCGGGUGGUCACACUCUGCCCGGGACUGACGGAGACCGCGCUUACCAUAGACAGUCCCAACAAGCUCCUCUCCAGGGUCAUGAAGGCAGACUUUGUCAAGAAUCUCGAGCAGCUGUCGAUACAAACACCGUACGUCGUGGCUCAGGGUCUGAUGUCGGUGCUGAGGAGCAGCGAGUCUGGAAGUAUUUGGGUCGUCGAGAAUGGCCAGUCACCCUACGAGGUGCUCGUGCCCAACUGUCGAGGUUUGCGACGAAUUUACAAAAACAACUUCGUCGUCAGCGACACGGUCAAAAAUACCUCCAAGGGUAGGCCCAUACGCGAAGUGUGCGACAACACGAGAACCGGCCUGAUGAGCUGCGCUUGAUUAUUCAUAUUAUUCAUUUAUGUUGUUUGUUUUGACGAUUCGAGUAGUAGGUCUGUUUUUUCUCAAAGUAUUGCUUUCGGUGGCUAUUGUAGUUUCCAGCGAAAGAAAUUACACAUCCACGUCGCGCCUUGUUCUUUGUAACAAGGGACACACUUUAUUUUUAUUAUUAUUAUUAUUUUUUUUCAUGCG